AUGGCCUCCAGUCGCCUCUAUGAGGACUAUGAUAUCGAGGCGAAGCCCUUCCUCUCCACUCAGGUAGUGGUGAUCGGGGCAAGCAUUGGAUCAGGCCACACCUCUGCCGGCCUAGAGCUUCAGCGGCGCCUUGAAAGCGAUGGCAUCAGCACCGAAUACCACGAUAUCCUCGAUGCACUACCUCUUCUGAUCCGAAUCAUGCUUCGAGAUUUAUAUGCACCUCUGGUCACUUUUGCUCCUUCACUCUUCAGCUGGCUUAUGCUAGCCUGGGAGGUGGAGUCCUCGUGGAUGAUUCGCCUGGUAUUAUGGACCGCUUCGGACGCUCGAGUGCUGGAGUGGAUACAAGGCAAGCAGGCCAUUGUCACGACGCACGCCAUUGCUACCCAGAUCGCUGGCAGCCUCCGAGUUCGAGCCGAGCACGACAUACCGAUCGCAUCGUAUCACUGUGAUGCAGGAAUACACCCUCUUCAACUGCACCGCUCUGUCAGCAUGAAUCUCGUGCCUACACGCGUCGCGGCGAUGUCAUGUAGGAGAUAUGGACACGAUGCUCUAGUGAUUCCCCCACUGGUCGGACCACGGUUCCGAGAGACCACACCUUAUGCCGCGUGCUUCAAACUGAAGAAAAGCCUGGGGCUUUGCUCCACAACCCCUAUCGUCAUAUUGGCGGCUGGGUCACUGGGGAUCGGCAAAGUGGUCGAAACUGUUCAAGACAUUGUCGAGGAACUAGCCACAGCUCAGAUUUUGGUUCUCUGUGGGAAGAAUGCGAAACUGCGGAAGCGCCUACGUCCAUAUUUACAGGUGGUCGCCCUGGGUUGGCGGCAAGACAUUGCCGAGAUCCUCGCCAUCUCAGACGUCAUGGUGCACAAUGCUGGCGGAAUGGCUAUUUGGGAGGCAAUGAUGUCUGGCCUGCCCAUCGUUACGUACAAUGCGCUACCAGGCCAUGGAAGAGCGAAUGCUUUAGCCCUCGAGGAUGGCGGAAUUUCUCCAUGGCCGCGCGAUCGUGCUAGUCUCGGGCUGGCACUAAAGAGCGUCAUAGCAAGUGGCAGAGGGAAAGCCCUAACGGCUUGCGACGCGCCAGUGAGCAGAUAUAUAUCUGAAAUGACUUCAACUCUCAUAAAGGGUGUUGACCAUAGGCCGGGUAGAGGCACUGCAGACGGGAUCUUGCUGGAGAAAGCGCAGACUUACGCCAGAGUUGGAGGUAGUACGGGGUAA